AUGGUAUUUCUCGUACCUCAGGUCUGCCAUUCUGUGAGUUUCCUGGGCUGGCUUGAAGUCCUUGGCAUGCUCUACACCUCUGGCAUACGUUCCGUUGUCUCAUCAGCAACUUUACGAACAUGUAGCUCGUGCCUAACGUCAUGUUGCCUGUUGCCGUUCGUUCCGCCACCCAGCUUGGAAACCGACGUUCGAAAUGAUAGAAUGUGCAGGCAUCCGCCGAUAACUUACCCAGAUGUUCCAUAUGGGUGUUGUAUAUGCCCUCAAUGUUGUGAAACGUUAACUUGUCCUCCGCCGACAAGCGGCCGGCAUGUGACUGUUCCAGUUCUCAGUUGCUCCUCAACCAUCUUCAGUUCUUUUGUUCGCUAUUCAGUGCGCGAAUACCACAUGUCGGGCAUCCAACACAUCCGACAUUUACUGCAUAUGCACAUUCCUCCCGAGUUAACGGUCGUUCUUCUGUCAUUAUCGCACGAACGACGAUAUGCAUUCACUUCAGGCUUAUCUUUUCGUAUUGUAUUCGCGCUCGUACCCGCCCUGUUCCUGGACCUCAAGUGUGCUCAUUUACUACCAGGGUACAUGUGA